AUGGAACCCGAAGUCUUGCAGCUACUUGACACCUGGGAACAGAGGAUCCAUGCGCUGGACUGGCGUACGCCUAUGGAGAAGCAUGAACAAGUGCGGAGGGAACGGAGGGAGGCUCAGGAGAAGAGGACGUUGGAGCAGGAAAGGAGUAGGCAAGAAGAAGAAAGGCGGGAACAAGACCGCAAGAAGGAGCUUGAACGGAAGGGAAAGGAGGCUGAGCAGGCCGCUGCGACUCUGAUGGCGGCGGAAGAAGAUACGGACCUACCAGCCAAGGAGGGCCCGAAGAGCCGGAAGAAGAAGGGCAAAAAGGGAAAGAGGGCGGCUGGCAAGAAGAAGAAGGCAGAUGAGAGCACUGGUACAGCCACGCCACCAGCACUCAGCGCUAUUCAGGAGGCUGAAGAAGCUCCUCCUAUACGCUUGCCGUCACCUCAUGGCGAAUCUUGGACACUUGUUGAGAAGUUCAGGAGGCGGCCGCAACUGGCCACUAGCCUGCCGCCGCUGUUUGACGGCCUGUCUUUGACUAUGCCGCUGCCAGCGCCUCCUGGACUAUCCUCACCUGUCGAAGCAUCUAAGCAGCGCUCGCCGGUAGCACUCGUGGCAAAUCCUUCACCUACCGAAGUUCCUUCCCCUGCCAAAGAUGUCGCGUCUAAAGAGGAUCAUAUACUUGUCGAAGCCGCCGUCUCGAAAUCGCCGCCAGUACUAACCAGCCCCUCUCCGCCUCCUGAAGACUCCGCCGGAAUGCUGCGCUUGUGGUUUGGUAGCCUGGAGUUCCCUUGUGCAAGGCGUCAAUCAAAGCUCGCGUCAGCCUCUGGCAAGCCUCUCUUCUCUGUUGGAGACCUACCGCCGCGGCCGUUUCCAGCUUCUAUAAGGACUUUGCCGCUUCUCGAAGCUUCAGUCGCCCAGCCGUUGCAGGAGACAAGCAAGCAGGAGGCCUCUGGCGCAGAGCUGCCUAGGCAGACGAAUUUCGAGUUCAUGUAUCGCAGGUCAGCUCACGAGAGGGCUAGAACGGUGUCAAUGUCAGCGUUGCACGAUUCUCUGUUCAGUAAUGCAGCGCCUGCGCCUGCUACACCCGCAGCAUCAACCACUUCUCGGGUGACUCGUGAUGGUUCGAGGACUGGUCACGAUCUGGUAUCCGUAAUGUCUCGGCCUCCUGGUCUGGCGCUGAGCGUGACGACGGAUACUCCUCAAGCGACACCGGCCAGCCGAUCUUCUCCAUACGCUCCAAACCCAGCGCAUUUGCCUGCCCAGCAUCGAGUCAUGUACGCACCGGUACAGACCAUCCCCGCCCCUCCCUACGGUCCUUCAAACAGCAUCGCAGUGGCCGGCUUACCCACAACACCCCAGUACUGGGAUGGUCCUGUAUACCAUGUGGCAAUCCCGGUUGUAGAUUACUAUGGACGUUUCACGGGGCUCCACAAUGCGGUAGCCUGCCAGGGCGAGGAGCAGCUCCAACGUUUCAUCGAGUUGAUGCCAUUACAACUGGCCCCUGCGCAGGAGUAUCACACCAGAAUCCUUGAAUAUCACGGCACUGUAGGGGAGUAUCGCGCUAGGCGUGGAUGGUAG